AUGGAGAGAACCUAUUCAUAAUAAAUAUUUACUAAAAUUAUGAAAUUUACAAAACAAUCUAAUUAAAGUAGUCAAUCGAGGUUGUUACAUAUAUAUUGUAUCAUGAUUGUUUGUUCUAUGUUUUUGUCAACAACAUUUUUGAAAUGUAUUUAAUUUAAGAGAGACAAAAUGAGAUGAUAUCAUCUAGCUAAAUUUGAAAGUUAUAAUCAGAUUAUUACUGGCGUAUAAUUAAAAAGCAACAAAUCAUCAUAUGGAUUACAGAAUCAAGUUUGGAUUAUGUUUAAUUAGAUUCACAAUUCUAACCAAUUCAAUUCAAUUUGUUUAUGCGUUUUGAUAGCAAAUAUUAGUAGUGGAGAUCAAUUAGAAUUUGACAUUUGUGACUAGAAACUGUUAAAUAUUUUCAACUUAGAAUGUAUAGAAAAUAUAACAGUUAGUAUAGAAAAUUAUAUCGAUAUUAUUCAUCAUUUUAAAUGAAUAUUGAAUUAAAUUGUUCAUUAUCAUCUUAUAAGAGAACUUGAUUUAGUUGGCUUUUGCCAAAAUAGAGACAUAGCAAUUAUUUAGUAAAAAAUAAAUUAGAGCUUUUAUUAUGAUUAGGAGUUGUUUAUAAAUGAGAUUGUUAAGUACGAAAUAAAGCAUAUGUAAUUGGUAUGUGACAAAAUCAAAACUAUUCGAUUGGCACUUAUAUGAUUGA